UGACUCUUGAUACAAUUGAUUUGUUUUAUUUCAUUUACACUGCGCCAGCCGCUACGCAUCUGUGUUGCUAGGAUACAACAAACGCUAAGUGUAAUGCUAAAUCUACGCUGCUAGCUUACCGACGGUGUUUGUUGGUUUGUUGGUCCGAAGCUGCACGGACUGAGUUCGCGACUCGAAGAAAGUAAACUCGAACACAACACUAAGGUUUUUCUUCAAGGUGCCUCCAGCCAUGCCGUUUGUCAAAACAGCUCAAAAAACACUGUCACUCUCAAAACUGUUGGAUGUGAAGUCACAGAAAUGUGGCCUGCGGCACACAGUUUUCUCGGCCAAUGGAAAUGAAUACACUGGGGAGUGGCAGGACAACAAGAAGCACGGAACGGGAGUUCAAGUUUGGAAGAAGUCUGGUGCUAUUUAUACUGGGGAGUGGAGAAUGGGAAAACGGGAUGGUUAUGGCCAUUAUAGUGUACUGCAGCCAGAAACAAAGAAGUAUGAAAAGAAGUACAUUGGAGGGUGGAAAAAUGGAAAGAAGCAUGGGUAUGGGACAUACUUCUUCAGUAAGUCAGCUGUUUAUGACGGGGAGUGGAGUGACGACCAUCGGAGUGGCUGGGGGAGAAUGUAUUAUGAGAAUGGAGAUUUCUACGAGGGAGAAUGGAUGGGGGAUAAGAGCCAUGGACAGGGCAUUAUUCGAUUUGCAAAUGGAAACUGGUAUGAAGGCACGUGGCAAGAUGGCAAGAAGAACGGCAAUGGAAAGUUCAACUAUUCUGAUAAAGGCCAAGUUUAUGAAGGCGUUUGGGUGGAUGGCGUAGCAAAAUGUGGGACCCUGUCGGAUUUUGAGAGGGAUGUAGCACCCACACAGAGAAAGUAUCAAAUUCCACAGAUCCACCUGGUGGAUAUGGAGUUGGUGUUAAGGGAAGCCCAGUCAACCUACCUUGAUCACUACUGAUGAACAAGAAGAUCAAGAGCAGGUUUCCACCUCAUCACACAAAUGGCAUUAUGGUGUUGUCCAUAUUCAGGAUAUAAAGGAUAAGUAGAGGGCUCUAGCUUUACAAAAUGAAGCAAAGAGGAGAGUGUAAUACCAAUACUUAUUCCACACAACUCAAAGUGUGAUUCUGCAACAGGACUGUGCAGUUGGUCAUAAAGCAAAAGGAUAAACAUCUGUGCUAACUAUUAUGCAAUAAAUGUACUUAUAAACUUAAAA